AUGAGUGAUGCAUUUGUCCAAACUUUGCAUGUAGUAGCCCAUCCACUUGAGCCGUAUAAGGAGCCGGUUGUCCCCCUUGUGCUCGCGGCAAGCGGUGAUGCUCAACAACAACAGGGACGACGAAUGUCCGAUGUGGAGCAUCUCUGGAAGAGUGUGGAAAAGAUUGACGACGGAUUACUAUGA